AUGAGUGAAAAAAUGAGUGUGGCUCUUUUUGGACCUACUGGACAAGGAAAAUCUACCUUGCUAACAUGCUGGUCUAAGAGAUCUGAAGUGCACGACAUAAUCGAAGGCCACUUAACUACAUAUGCUACGUUAAGAAGAAGGGAAAGUUUACCAAAGAAGAUAACAAGUCAUGAUGCUGCUGCUAAAAGGGCGAAAAGUCUGGAACGAUUAACGAGCAAACUUACAUCCUUAAAUUACAAGGGCAUUAAAUUGGAGAUUCUCAGCUCUAUCUACUUUGUGAACGGAAGACCAAUUGUGGCAACAGAAUGA